AUGCUGUCAAACCUCGUCCGCAGCACCACGCGCCAGCGCGCCCGGGCGCUCCUACAGGAUGCCGGUCUGGCAUCGAAGCUUUCCCGGGCCCGUCCGGGUCCACAGCUGAUGCAGCUUGCAACCCGAAGCUGCCAGAGCUUCCCUGGCCCUGUGCGGUCGCGGCCGGUGCUUUGCUGGAGACGUGCUUUGGGCGCUUCCCUGCUACUUGCCUCUUGUGGCAUGCUUGCAGCACCCACGGCCUUUUCGCUCCGGAGCUCCCCCGAGGGCCCUGCGAAGUGCGAGGAAACUCCUUUGCAGAGCGACAAGGGCCAGGAUGCAAAGGCCAAGAGCAGCCCCGUUGCAACGGUCCUCAAGGUCUCUGCGGCACUCUUCUGCUGGGGACUCUUUGCCGGCCUAUGGUUUGCCUCCAUAACGCUGCCCGCCGCCCUCGUCUGGGCAGCAUCCACAGGCCGCUGGAAGGUUGUGUCAUCGAUCUUUGCAGCAUACUGCUUCCCGCACAUGGUGCAGCUUCCUGCCCUGCCACGCAGCAUCCGCCACGGCUUUUGGGUGGGCCUUGAGGGUUGGUUCCCUGGGGGCAUCCAGGUGGUGCACAGUCAAAGCGCCGGUGAGCCCGAGCCAGAACCGCCGACUCAAAGAAAGAGGCUGUUCUGCAUCCACCCCCACGGGAUCUACACCAUCGGCGCCCUGACUCUCCCGGAUCAGAUGCCAGAGGUCCGCCUUUGCAUGGCUCCCUAUCUCUACAACUUCUCGCCCGCGUUCCGGAUGGCCGCAGAUCUACUUGGGAUCAAGGUGGGUUCCACUGGGCCGCGCGCUCUCCGUCGGCUGAUGCGCAAGGGGGAGAGUCCCCUUGCCUUGGUCCCUGGUGGCUUCGAAGAGGCCACGGUGACCUCCCCGGGGACCGAGCGAGUCUUUCUGAAGACCCGUGCUGGCUUUGUCAAGUAUGCGCUGAGGCAUGGAUACGAUGCUCGGCUUGAAAGCCGAUCCCGACCGCUCCAAAGCCGACAGCCGGCCGACUUAGUAGGCGCAGUAUCUCGAAUACGUGACGUGUCCAGGGAGUGGAAGCUGGGGUUGCUCGUUGCGAAGCUGGAUGUGAGAGGGGCGUUUGACCGUAUCUCCAGGGCUAAGGUCGCAAGCUUCCUCACGUCUAGGCUACAACUUCAAGGUCUGGGACGUGAACUUCGCUACUUGCUAUUGCAGCUAAUGCCAAACCAGCUACAUGGGUGUGUGCCUGGAGGUGGGGAAAUCUGCAUUGAAUGCGACAUUGGCAUUAAGCAGGGGUCACCCGAGUCCGCUGAGCUCUUUGGGGUGAUCAUGGAAGAAGUUCUUCAGGACGUUCGUCAUGGCAUGCAGUGGAGAUCUUUCCCGGAACCGCUUGGGGAUGUGGGGAUCGACAUGCUACAAUACCAGGACGAUGUUUUCCUGUUCGAAACUGCGGUCGAUAAUCUCUCUCGGAAAAUUGGACUGAUCGAUGCAGCUCUUCAGGCAGUGGGUUUGGAACUCGCUAUGGACAAAACUGCAGUUAUCGCCUCUGAGCAUUACGUGGGGAACCGACUGGUCCGAAUUGGGGCUGCCACUGUCGAGGUUUUGCCGGCGUCCUGCACCAUUCGCGUCUUGGGGUUAGACUUUUCCUUUGAGGGUUUCUCCAGUCGACAGGCUCGUGACCUAGUGGCCAAGGCGAGGGCAGCCGUUCUCUGGUUGAGUCCUCUUUUACUUGGGUGGCAGGGGCCGUCUUUUGGUCCCCUGACGAUUUGGCACUUCUCAACACGGUCCAAACACAUAUCAUCAGAGAUGCUUUUCGACUCGGUCGCCUGA